CUCUUCAACAUUCAGCAUUUACUAACUUCUGAAGAAGCAUCAUGCCUGAACCAGCCAAACCCGCGCCCAAGAAGGGCUCUAAGAAGGCCGUCACCAAGACCGCCGUUAAGGGAGGAAAGAAGCGCAGAAAGUCCAGGAAGGAGAGUUACGCCAUCUACGUGUACAAAGUGCUCAAGCAGGUCCACCCCGACACCGGCAUCUCUUCCAAGGCGAUGGGCAUCAUGAACUCUUUCGUCAACGACAUCUUCGAGCGCAUCGCCGGUGAGUCGUCUCGUCUCGCGCACUACAACAAGCGCUCCACCAUCACGUCGAGAGAGAUCCAGACCGCCGUGCGUCUGCUGUUGCCCGGUGAACUCGCCAAACAUGCCGUGUCCGAGGGCACCAAAGCCGUCACCAAGUACACCAGCUCCAAGUAAAGCGCCGCUUUCAUCCGCCGCACACAAAGGCUCUUUUAAGAGCCACCCAUGA